AUGUCUACGACCAGCAGCGAUAGUUCUCCCCCUCGUCGCCUAACCUUCUUCACACCCCCCCAAUCCCCCCAAUCCCCCCAAUCCCCCCAAACUUCGCAGCCAAGCACCCAACGAACCUUCAAAGUCAUAACCUCCAGCCCACGAAAAAGGGUUUCCUUUCCCGUCUUUCCCGAAGAAACCAAAUUACCACAACGUCAGACCUCAAGGCAACAGAACCUAGCCAACGAACCAACAUUAUGGUCUGACUUCAGUAACUUGUUUCGCCAACGCAUUUCCAUAGUAAGACUCAUCAAAGUGAUCAUUCUUAUCCACGCAGCUGUCCUAAUCAUCCGUAUCAUUGAUAUUCGCAUCGCCAUAGGGAAAAGUCCCUACCGCGAAAGAGAUGAAGAAUAUUCCCACGGGGAAAAGCAAGACUUUCAAGACGAAGAGGAGCAAUCUACACCUAAAUAUGACAAUCGCGAUGCCUCUCCCCUUUCACACCAAUUCGAGCCCUACGAGUUAGUCAGUCCAUUAUAUGAUCUCGCGAAUCUAGAUAUUAGUCCGCAGCUCGAUGUCUUGAAAGAUGCAUAUUCCGAUUCGCAAUACGGACUCAACAGACUGAGAGAUGGACUUCCAGAACUGUCAAAAGAUUCUCCAGGAUUAAACAUCUUUCGGCGAGAAACAGAUUAUCUAAGGGAAGAGCUCGCCAAAGUGAAACCUGGAGAUGAAGCUGCCGAUCUAAAUCUAGAAGAGUGCAGAACAGUGGGAGUACUUUGGAUCAAUCAUUACAAACGAUUAAAACUAAAGAUAAGGAAUAUUUGGAGGAUGAAACAUAUAUUCACAAAUAUUAUUGACUCAACCGUUGAAGAAAGGAGAAAUCUUGAAAAAGCGUUCAAGGAAGCCGAGUCCGGUAUGACCAAAGAAGCGAAAAAGCAGGGAUGGGAUAGUUUUGAUUUCCCCUCGGCAUACCAAUUCCUUGAACGAUUCAGUCUAAGCAGAACUAAAGGAAAAAAUUGGGGGGGCUAUGAGGAAACGAUCAAAGAGUUGAUCACAUACAUUGAUGUAUCACUCAAGGAUGCUAACGCACAAAUCGAACAUUUGAUGGCAGAUUUCCAGCGGGGUUCAAACGUGAAUGAGAAUAAGGCAGAUGUGGAUUCGAUUGAUUUUCCGACGAUUUUUGAUCAAAUGGAGGCGCUGAAUCUGACCUUUGAGAAAUAUGAGCAGGUCAAAGUCCUGAUCGAGAGUGUGAAAGGGAAGUCGUUGGAGGGACUGAAAGGAAGAGCUCAUGAUUCGAAAGAGAGGUAUAGAUAUUAUAACUAUGUUGCUGGUCAACAGACAACGCGAUUUGACAAGCACAUCAUCGCCUCGAGGGAUGGGAAAAAGGAAGAAUUCUUGCAGAAUUUGGAAAAAAGAAAAGCCAAACAGAGUCAGAAAGGGGGAUAA